AUGUUCCAUCUUAUCGUCCUCUGCUCUUUCAUCUCUCUCUUCCUCCUCCCACCGGUGAAUCUCGCCGCCGUGAGUGAUUAUGAGUACUUAAAACUUCCGUUACUACGCAAAUCUCCGUUUCCUUCUCCGACGCAAGCUCUUGCUCUAGACACUCGCCGUCUCCAUUUUCUCUCUCUCCGCCGUAAAACCAUCCCCUUCGUAAAAUCGCCGGUGGUCUCCGGCGCUUCUUCCGGGUCGGGUCAGUACUUCGUGGAUCUCCGAAUCGGCCAGCCGCCUCAGUCGCUACUCCUAAUCGCCGAUACAGGAAGCGAUCUCGUUUGGGUCAAAUGCUCCGCUUGCCGAAACUGCUCUCUCCAUUCUCCGGCCACCGUCUUCUUCCCUCGCCACUCCUCCACAUUCUCUCCUACUCAUUGCUACGACCCGAUUUGUCGACUAGUACCCAAACCGGAUCCGGCUCCGAAAUGUAACCAUACCCGGAUCCAUUCCACGUGUCCUUACGAGUACGCUUACGCGGAUGGUUCAUUAACUUCCGGUUUAUUCGCUAGAGAGACGACGACGUUGAAAACAAGCUCCGGUAGAGAAGCGAAUCUAAAGAGCGUCGCUUUCGGAUGCGGGUUUCGGACCUCGGGUCAAAGUGUAUCGGGUACGAGUUUUAAUGGAGCCCAUGGCGUUAUGGGCUUGGGCCGUGGGCCUAUUUCGUUUGCUUCUCAGUUGGGUCGUCGUUUCGGCGACAAGUUUUCGUAUUGCUUGAUGGAUUACACUCUCUCUCCGCCGCCGACGAGUUACCUCAUCAUCGGCAACGGCGGUGGAGUUCGAUCAGACGCCGUUUCGAAGCUUCGAUACACUCCGUUGCUCACUAAUCCGUUCUCCCCGACUUUUUACUACGUUAGAUUGAAAUCGGUUUUUGUCAACGGUGCAAAAUUACGAAUCGAACCUUCCGUCUGGGAAAUCGACGGUUCAGGUAACGGUGGAACCGUCGUGGACUCCGGUACAACCCUCACGUUUCUCGCUGAACCGGCGUAUCUGUUGGUCGUCGCGGCAGUGAGACGACGGAUCCGGCUCCCGAUUGCCCCAGAGCUGACUCCGGGAUUCGAUUUAUGUGUUAACGUCUCGGGCGUUUCGAAGCCGGAGAAGAUCAUGCCGAGGCUGAAAUUCGAAUUCUCCGGCGGCGCAGUGUUCGUUCCGCCGCGGAGGAAUUACUUUAUCGAGACGGAGGAAGAGAUCCAAUGUCUGGCGAUUCAAUCGGUGAAUCCGAAAGUUGGGUUUUCGGUGAUCGGUAAUCUGAUGCAACAAGGGUUCUUGUUUGAAUUCGAUAGGGAUAGAUCACGGCUUGGUUUUUCUCGUCGCGGUUGCGCUUUGCCGUGA